UGCAGUUGACACAUGUGCUGCAAUUCCAAAAUGGCCGCAACGCAACUUGUAUGCGUGGACGACUUUGAAAAAUAUGCCUGUGACAACCUCGAUAAACAUACCUUGGAGUAUUACAGAAGUGGCGCAAACGAAGAGCAAACACUGGCUGACAACAGAUCGGCGUUUAAAAGGUACCGACUGCGGCCGCGCUUUCUUCAUAGAGAUGUCACAAACAGGGACAUGUCCACUACCAUCCAGGGCCAACCAAUUGACUUCCCAAUCUGCAUAUCACCAUCAGGGCUUCACAAAUUGGUGCACCCCGAUGGCGAACUUGCCACAGCGAGAGCUGCAGCAUCAAUGAAAACAUGCAUGGCCUUGAGCACUGGCUCCACCUAUAGUAUGGAAGACGUUGCCAAUGCCGCGCCCCAUGGUUUGCGUUGGUUCCAACUGUACAUCUCCCCGGACCGCGAGAUGACGAAACAUCUCGUGAGAAGAGCAGAACGCAGUGGGUACAAGGGCUUGCUUCUGACUAUAGACACUCCCUUGUCAGUUAGGAGACUGUCAGAUACCAAAAAUAAGUUUGUCAUGCCAAAACAUAUUAGACUGGGCAAUUUCAUGGUAAAUGAGGACACUAAAGACUAUGACUUCAAUGCAUCUGCCUCCAAUCUGUUUGACGCUGCGUUGAGUUGGAAAGACGUGCGAUGGUUAAAACAGUUUAGUAGUCUGCCGCUGAUAGUAAAAGGGGUAUUGACAGCGGAAGAUGCUAUCGAGGCUGUCAACUGCGGUGUGGACGGUGUAUUUGUGUCGAAUCAUGGAGGAAGAAGAUUGGAUUGUGUUCCUGCAUCAAUAGAUGUUCUUGCUGAGGUGGUCCGAGCGGUCGCGGGCAGGUGCGAGGUGUACCUGGACAGCGGUGUGAGAACUGGAACAGACGUGCUGAAGGCUUUAGCUUUAGGAGCCAGAGCUGUGUUUAUUGGGAGACCCGCCUUGUACGGCCUGGCGUAUGAUGGAGAGGCGGGAGUCAGACAAGUUCUGGAAAUAUUGAAAAGUGAGCUUAGUUUAGCCAUGGCAUUAUCAGGUUGUGCUUGUCUGGACGAUAUUAAGAGGGAAUUAGUUGUACACGAGAGCCACUACCUGCGUCCGAAGCUAUGAAAUAUGCCCCUUGUUCUACACGAACGAGGUUCGUGAUAUUGUGAAACUGACAAUUUUAUAACACAGUUCCAGGAUUGAUUUUAUACGAUGCAUAGAAGCAUAAGAAAGCUUCUUUUCACUGUGCAUUUAAAAAUGAAUUGGAACACCAUCGAUGACUAGAUCUGUUAUUAAAAUAAAUGAAUCGGUUCUGGGUUGAAGUGUUUUAUGCGUUUUGUAUAAACCUAUAGCUAUACCCGGUAGAUGUCAACAACGUUAUCCCUUUCGCAAUGAAAUCGAAAGUGGUUCGUUCAUUUU